UCUCCCACUGUUAUCCCGCAGGGUUACUUACCCAAUCUACACGAUGUUCCGCCUCAGAAAAGGGCACUUUACUGAAGCAACAGAUCUCAGCAGUGUACAGUGACGAGGAGUCAAGCUGUUAGUAAGUGAAUCUAACCUGCGAUAAUUAAAAGCUGUUUUAUUUAUGGGCCAAUCCACAACUAACAGCAGGCGACUGAGUACAAUCAAAGAGUUUAUAAAGUGGGCCCAAUCUUCUCUCAUCUUAACGAGAUUUGUAAAAAAAAACUCAACCGAUAUCAGGAAUAAUGAUGCAUCUUAAACGUCGGCGUCACGUCUCCUUGACUCUGGCAGAUGAGUGAGUACGAAAAAAAAGGCUGGAGGUGAAGGGCGCCAGUUGACGUCAAUGGGAGAUAUAAAUACCAGAAGUGGCGAGCAUUUCAACAGUUCAAAACCUCAGAACGAGUAGUUUGCAACCGGCCGGACUGCAUUGUAUCUUCGCUGCCCUAGAGGCACAGAGAGACUCGAGUUUAGCCGGUGCUUUGAAAGUGUAACUUGUUGCUCAGCUUUAAAUAUUAUUAUUUUUUUGCGAAGGGUUGGCAACCCCUUCUUUCAGUAUUCGCAACCACGGCUUUCAUGCAAAGUCUGGCCGGUUGGGACUCGCGUUGCGACUCGCCAUGUUUCCAAACAGGUCAGACUUACACUAAUUUGAUGGAAGUGGCCAAUUUCUACGAGUCGGACUGUUCCCUGAACAAGUUGCACCGCGACCGGUCAAUGACAGAUCUGGGCAUCGGAGACAACGAGAGUGCCAUCGACUUCAGCCCUUACAUCGACCCGGCCACAGCCUCAGCAGCAGGGGGCAACUUUGAGCUCCACGGGGACCUUUUGACGGAUAUUAUGCUGUCAGACGACUACAAGAAGAAAUCGCUGCCCGACUACAACGCCUACUUGUCCCUGAUGCGCAACUCGUCAGGCGGCGCCCGGCACCAGGGCAGUAUCCUGAGCUGCACGCCUCAGUUCCUGGAGACGCGGCUGGAACCGGUGUUCGAGCAGAGUUUGGAAUCAAAAGGCGGCGUGAAGCAAGAGUCCAGAGACGAAGAAGGGGCCAUGUCAGCCACGGCUGCCUCCUCGUCCUACGCGCGGUCGCUGCUGCAGUACCAGUGCGUGGCCAGCGGCAGCAACAGCAACUUGUCCACCUCGUCUCUGUCCUCCACGCCGCCGGCCACCCCCAACUCCGCAGAAUCCAACCGGGGCACGGCGGCAGCGGCGUCGGGAGCCAGCGGCGGCAAGAGCAAGAGCAAGAAGACGGUGGACAAGCACAGCGACGAGUACCGGCUGCGGAGGGAGAGGAACAACAUCGCGGUGAGGAAAAGCAGGGACAAGGCCAAGAUGAGGAACGUGGAGACGCAGCAUAAAGUGCUGGAGCUCAGCGCCGAGAACGAGCGGCUGCAGAAGAGAGUGGAACAGCUGAGCCGAGAGCUGACCACCCUGAGGAACUUGUUUAAACAGCUCCCGGAGCACACCCUGCUCAGUGCAUCGGGCAACUGCUGACAGCCGGUCGAUAUUUAUAGUGGCUGUUUAUUAAAGGACACCAAGUGGCCUUUGUGACUUUUGCAAAGGAGUUAAUUAAGGACUCUUUGUAUAUAAAGGACUUUAUUAGUGUUUACAGCUCAUUUCCGUAACCCGAGGUAGUAGAUCGUUUAAAUGACCUCGACUCUGCGUUUGGAACUGCAGGGGGAGGGAUAAAUGACCUUAAUUAAAAGAAGCAGUUGGCUUACAUCUAUAUAUGUAUAUACAUCUUAAUGUAUGUAAAGUGAUGCCAGGCUUAACUGUGCCUGCUCAUUCGAAACACAUGAUGCAACGCCGUAUAACUUGCCAAGUAUGAGAUUCAUUUGUAAUGGUCAGAUGUCAGGUUUGUUAUUACAGAUGUCUGGGGUUUUCUCCCCAACACUAGGAAACAGUUUUAUUUCUUUAUCAGAUUACAUUUGUAUGCAGAGAUUGAAUUUUCUGCUCCCGUUAAGACGCGUGAACGCAUUACUGUUGAUCUUUGAGAUUAGCUUUUUUAAAAAAAAAGUAUUAUUUUGACAGGAUAUGCCUGAACUGCCGUUUUGUAACCUUGUCGGUGGCUCCUCCCGUUCUUCUCAGUGACGGGUGAGAUCGUUGCUGCUGGCUGGACUUCAUCUCUUUUGCAUUUUAUACUAGCUCCUCUUCCCUUUUUAUUAAAAAAAGAAGCUAUAUAUUUCAGACGUGAUUUGUUGUGGAGAGGAAAUGUUUUCAACAGUUUAAAAAAAUUGUCCAGCGCCGAACUGUUUCCAUUUGAAUUGCGUCACUCCAGCAGUGACUCAGCAUGUAAGUGUUUUGGAGAACAUUUUAUUCUGUUCAACACUUGAAUUGGGUACAAUGUUGGGAAAAAUAAUGGUACAGAGUUAUUUACACUUUAGAAUCAUGUGGUGAUUGUAGACUAAAAGCUGCAGUAUCUUCUUUCCAACCAGUUUUAAUAAAUUCCAAACCAGUCCAUGCAGGUGACCCUGGUGGUUGUAAAGUAGGGAUGUGCGGAUUGUUGCAGGUAUUGCAAGCUGCAAAAUAAUAUUCCAAGUAACAGAAGUUCAUUUAAGGGACCAGCUGUACGGUUAAAAGUUAAUUUUAUUGUACUUCAAAAUAACCUGGAAACGGGAUGCUUCAGCACGAGUCAAUGUUGAUUGUGGGUCAGAGAAAUAACAGAUUAUUUUUAAAAAAAUAAAAAAUAUUGUAUUUAUUUUUCUUUUUGAAAUUUUAAUAAACAUGGAAUUAAAUCAUUUUUAGUGCAAAUCAA